UUUGUCGUCCCAAAUCCCGGUUGGUAAUCGAUUCUCUGGUGAAAUUUUUUUGGGGAUAAAAUCGGAGUUUUAUUAGGGUUUUAUUAAUUUCUUAAUGGGAUCCUCUUCCUCCAAAUAUCUUCCGAGUUAUUCGGUUGGUACUUCUGGGCAACGAAUUCCUGACUCAAACUGUGAUUGGGGCUCGAAAUGCAUUUGUCCCAACAACGAGCACUCGUAUUCUGGCGAGUAUCUGAAUAAUUUGAGGUUGGCCCAGAAGGAGAACACGAGUACCCGAAAUUAUCUCAAAGCUUGGUUUGAGAAAAUGGAAGUGGAGCCUGGUGAAGAGGUGGAGUCCAAAUACGACGAUCGAGUCCCCACACCAGCAGAUCUGAGAUUCUUUGGAGGAGACGAAUCUGAUGAGGAACCCAAUCACUCUGAUUCAUUCGACCUAUACUAUGUGGGUGAGUGUGAGAACACAACUGCUGGUCCAGAGGUUUCUGAUGGGCAAUGUUCGGUUUCGUCCCCAAACGUGAAGGAAGAUGAAAUAAAAAAAAGCCACCUAAGGGUGUUGAUGAUGCUUAGAGAUAAGUGUGUCUUCUAUAAACCCUCUUUUAAUUAUAUUUGGAUUGCUGGUUAGCUGUGGAGACAUAAGGUGGAGUAGCUAACAACUGUGAUCUGUUGUUGGCAAGGGGUGUUGUUGUUUUGUUGAUGAUGUGAUAGGGUUUGGAGUGUA